AUGAUCAAGGAAACCUCCGAGAGCAUGAAAGCGAUUCGUCAACGCCUUAAGGAAGCUCAAGAGACAACGAUCGAACAAGUUAAGGUGAUUUGCCAAAGAUUGUUGACCGAUCAAACUAGGCAAAAGAACUACAUUGAUUGUCGUCCUCGCCUGUUGUCGUUUGAAGAAGGGGAUCACGUAUUCCUUCAAGUAUCGCCAUGUAGAGAUUUGUCUCGUUUUGGGAAAAAGGGAAAGCUAUCGCCGCGUUAUAUCGGGUCGUUUGACAUUAUUGAGAAAAUUGGGGAGGUUUUGUAUCGUUUGGCUUUGCCACCGAGGCUAUCGGGUGUACAUGACAUGUUCCACAUGUCAAUGUUGAGGAAAUACAAACCAGAUCCAUCGCAUGUGUUAGAUUGGUCCGAACUUGAGCUAAAGGCCGAUGCGUCUUAUGGGGAACAAUCGAUACGUGUCCUAGAUUCGCGUGAUCAACUGCUGAGGGGUAAGAUGAUAUCGUUGGAAGUGCUGACUGUCUAA